UUUUUUGAGGACCUCUCUACAACAGUUCUAGCUGCUGCCUCCACAGGAGCCGAGGCCGCCCUACUACUUAUUUGCCCACGUAAAAAGGCGGCGCACACCAUUCCGGAGCUGGAGCCAUGUAGUUGGGGUUUUUAUUGUUCUUGGUGUCAGACUGUCUCUGUCAUGCGGGAACGCCGACCCAGCUUCGCAACCGCACCUCUCGGGACGCGAGUCGUGGCUGCGACCCUGCUCGUCUUAACCGGAUGCUCAGUUGGGUUGAAUCUUCAGCACGAAACACGAACUCUGCGACAGUACGCGAACAAGAAAGCAGGAGGAUCUAGUACAAGAACAGGCAGGAAGGUGACCACGCAUGCGACAGCACGGAGCAAGCGUGAAGCGAAAGUACUGAACGAAAAGACUACAAGGAAAAAAUUCGACUUUCUGAAGUUCCUCCGGGACAAGCUGGGCGUCGGGUUGUUUUCGAAGGUUAACGACGUCAGCGCAGCGCAAAAGCGCGACAGCACCACUGGAUCUGCAUCGUUCUCAACGGGGGAGGAAGAACAAGAAGUGUGGCGCCAACUCGGAGAAAUCAUUACCCCAGAAAACUACCUUCGUACGCCGUUGGAGCUUAGUACGUUGACGCACGCAGCGAAACAGAGGCGAGCAGCAGCAGCGGAAGGAAGUAGUGACUCAACGAAGAAGAAAGCCAUCGGAAAGUGCAUGUGCGUCGGUCAGUCGGACUACGCCGAUACGAAGCACGCUAUCACCAAGCCGGCCCACCAAGACUGGAUAUCAAAUGUAAAAGUGUCUGGGUCUGGAAGGGUUGGAACUUGUGAUGCGAACUCUGGCACACACAAAAAUUUGUGUUGCAUGAGCGCCAAAAGCUGUCCAUUUCUUGGCACGCAAGUAGGAAGUUUCUCAUGCGGGACAGGCAUCAUGAGGCGUGCUCAAAACCUGUGAUGCUUUUGCCUGCAUCAGACGCCACUUGCGUGAUCCGAAAUAUGCAUGGCAAAUCUCAGAAUUUUCCAGACCCAGACGUUUUUACAUUUGAUACUGGAUCACAGCAAACAACAACGACUCCAUCGCCCCCCAUUGGCAGAUAUCCUGUGCAAAAGUAUCGCACUCGUAGUAAUCGCAGUCAUGCGUGACAAAUCUUGUUUCUUAGCGAAAUCAGCAUUACAAAUUGCAUUUUUCCUUCUGAAAAAAUUUGUAUUGCGAUUUAUACUAGUGCGAUAAUUUUGCAAUGCAUAGCAGAACGCCAACGGAACGCUGAUAGGAAAAUCGAAGUGGGGCGGCGAAAACAGCAACGACACCAUCUACGGCCAACUAUAACCCGCUCAGGUGUUACAAUCUCAAACGUUACAAUAGAAUAUGGAAAUCUGUGACGCAAGAGCGCAUGAUCUAGCCAAUUCGCAUAGGAUUGCGCAUGACAAGUUCCGGAGCUUCAAACCCCACUGCAAUGUGGCGAAAUUUGUAUUGCAGAAAGUGGAACGCUCUGCGCGUCUGUGAUGCUCAUCAUGCAACACAGCUCUCAGAUUCUAAUGUAACGUUUGAGAUUGUAACACCUGAGCGGGUUAUACCAACUUUACGAGUAUUUUUGUUUGAUGUGGGUGUCGUGAUCAUUGAAAGAUACACAUGGUUCCCAUCGCAGAUUUGAUCAAUCAUCGACUGCGCAAAUUAACUAAAUGGACAUGAUGGAGGAAUAAAUGCAGCAUUGAGUACCACAACUGCUACUGAGUUGGCAGAAAAAACAUUGAAGAACUUCUGAUCAUCAAAUACAUGAUCAGGCACAAGUACGGCGGGGGCCCUAACUACGGAGAAUACUGCUUUGCCUGGGAGGAUAUAAUGAAGCAGAACACGGCUGGUGGAAUUAUGGCCUGCUCUUGCUGAGACGAUGACGAUCGCAACUAGAACAAUGAUUAUGAUGCAUGUGCCGGAGCGGAAAUAAAGUGUUUUGCGUACUAGUGAAGCGUCUUCAAAGUAGCAGGGAGGUGCAGCUUCGCAUUAGAUUUUGUACGCAUUGCAAUGCGAAUGUCUUGCCAAGGAGCGAUGCGGAUGACUUGACACCAGAUUAUCAGAAGUAGCAUGAUCCGCACUCCAUGAUCCUGCAUCCCAAAUGGUUCCAAAUGCGAAGAUCGUUCGAGCUGGGCACCACGCCAUAGUACCCGACCACGCGUUUUACGGCAAGGCAGGCAUCAACAAGCAGUGCAACGACACGAUGAGGCGCCCCCGCUGGUGCGUGCAGGACUGGUGCUACCUGAAACAAGCGGAUCCCAUGACCCCCGACGGCGAGAUAUCCUGUGUAGAAACGUCCCCACCCCACCCCCAGAGUUGUCAUGCAAAUCUGCAUGCCAAAAAAGUUUCUCAUGCGGACUGGUUGGUACUUUUAUUGGGGCGACUUGCCGUGGUAGCGCUCGGCUUUUGUAUGUGGAGGUCGCCGAAAGUGCUUCCUCGCCCACCCCCCGGGGAGGGGAUCCUUGAC